AUGCAACAAAUGAUGACCACACUUUCCACUGUGCUCUUGGUUCUUUCCUGUUCCACGUUGGCUCAGACGCUUUUCACCCAAUCAGCUGGCGUUAAAGGAACACUUAUGUGUGGCGACAGACCGUUAGCAAACACUAAAGUGAAACUUUAUGAUGAUGACUCUGGACCCGAUCUUGAUGAUCUACUCGCUGAAGGCACAACAGACUCAAUGGGACAAUUCCUUCUUUAUGGACAUACUUCCGAAAUAAUGACGAUUGAUCCUAAGUUGAACAUUUAUCAUGAUUGUGACGAUGCACUAACGCCAUGCCAAAGGAAGGUCACAUUCAACAUUCCAAAGUCCUUUGUUUCGUCAGGUGAACAGCCGAAGCAAUUCUUCAAUAUCGGUCAAGUUAACAUGCAGAUUCAGAUGUUAAUCUUCCUCUUCUUGCUUGCCUAUGGCGAGGCUUUCAUGCAUAUCCGCGAUCCCAGCUCAUGGGAGCCAAUUAGGAAUCGGAAUGGUCUCGAAUGGAUUAGCAGUUCUCGCAAGUCGCCCUACAAAUGGUCAGAGGAAUGGCUCGAAGAUGUGCCCGUAGACCAUUUUUCAUUUGCCAACAAGGACAGUUUUAAACUUAGAUACUUCAUCAAUACCGACAGCUAUGAAAAAGGUGGUCCAAUCUUCUUUUAUACGGGUAACGAAGGCAAGCUAGAGGGAUUUGCUGAGAAUACGGGCUUCAUGUGGGACAUCGCGCCUGAGUUCAAAGCUGCUGUUGUAUUUGCUGAACAUCGUUUCUAUGGGAAAACUCAGCCGUACGGUGAUACCAGCUACAAUACUACCAACCAUCUUGGCUACUUAAGUUCCGAACAGGCGCUGGCUGAUUUUGUGUUGCUCAUCGACUAUCUGAAACAGAAGAGGUUACAAGGAGCGCAGAACUCACCUGUGAUAGCUUUUGGAGGAUCCUACGGUGGAAUGUUGGCGGCUUGGAUUCGAACCAAAUAUCCUCAUAAGGUUGACGGAGCAAUCGCAGCUUCAGCUCCUGUAUUUUGGUUCAUAGACUCGAAUAUCCCAGAAGAUAUCUAUGACAAGAUUGUCACUCGAUCCUUCGUUAACUCUGGUUGUAGCCGCAAAGCUGUCGAGAAGGGUUGGAGGGCACUUCAGAACCUUGCACAAACUGAUGAAGGUCGCACUUUUCUCAAUGAGUUGUUCCAUCUGGAAGAGAAGUCUCGGAUGACAACGCAGGAUGACCACAGAUUCCUUGCAGAUUUCAUUAAAGAAGUCUUUGAAAGCAUGGCUAUGGUGAACUACCCUUAUCCAACGGAAUUUCUGGCACCUCUGCCCGGUUGGCCUGUUAAGGAAGCAUGUAAGUUCCUAGCAAACGUUCCAAAAUCAGAUGAAGAAGCUGCUAGACAGUUGUAUGAGGUUACAAACCUAUAUUAUAACUACACUGGCACAACCGCGUCUUUCUGUGCAAAUGCCGCACGUUGUGCUGGUGCAUUUGCAGCACUCGGGGAUCCCAUGGGAUGGCCUUGGCAGUCUUGUACCGAAAUGGUAAUGCCAUUAUGUGGAAGCGGAUGGCCAAACGACUUUUUCUGGAAGGAUUGUCCCUUCACUGUCGAGGGAGCAAUUGAAAACUGCAGAAGAUGGUUCCAAAAGGUGGGAUUCGAUCGUUCAAUGCUUCGACAACAUUGGGCUACUCAGAACUAUGGCACAACAUUUCCAUCUGCUAGUAAUAUUGUGUUCUCAAACGGUUUUCUCGAUCCGUGGUCUGGAGGUGGCUGGUCGUUGAAACCAAAAAUCCAAGGUUCACUAGUGUCAAUCAUUCUGAAAGAGGGUGCACACCAUUACGACCUUCGAGGAUCGAAUCCGGAAGACACGGAAGAGGUAAAGGAAGUUCAAGCUUCUCUUCAUCAAAUUUACCUAAUUAUCUCACAGUGGAUUCCGGUUCCACGGCAUGAGCACAGCUCUACACCAAUGCGUCCAUUUCUGUUUCUGGCUGUCAUCGCCUUGAAUUUACAAAUCAGCGGAGCAGCAUCGGUACGAGUUUCUCUACCAAAGAUCAAAUAUCAAUGCGAUCCGAAGGAUCCAUCAACUGCAUUAAGAUGUACAGGAAAAACUAAGUACGGUCUUAAGGAAGGUUUUGGAUUUCAGAGGGAAACACCAAAGAACAACAUCUUCUGUUUGAAAUUCAAAAUGUGUGCUAAUUACGGUUAUGGUACAAUGAUGCUAGCAAUACAUUCAGCAUGGCGAGCAAAAGGGGUGGUGCCAAAAGCGUACAUAUCGUUCCCUCUCACUAAAACAAAGUCAUUUGCCGAAAGCUUGCACAAUCAUCCCGAAACAAAAAAGUCGCUGAAAGAACUGGUUGGACGAGAACGAACCAAGAAUGUUCGAGAAGCAAAUCUACAACAACGCAUGUGCUCACGGAAGGAACUUCUGACACAAAUUCGAAGACUUCUAAACAUGAAGUAA